GGGUUAUUGUUUUAGAGAUCGUAUCGCGGGCACCAGUUGAGAUGCCCUUUAAGUAUGCAGUGCAAAAGCAAGUCCCAGCCAGUUUGGCUUCGUUUCUCCCGCGGAAAUGUUCCUCCAGUUGCUGAUAAUCCUAUUGGGCUACCAAAUCGGAGCCAAGGCAAGCUUUGUGCGACCCUCUGACCUGGCUCAGUUUCUGGACAGGAUUGGUCGCUUGCAUCGCCUGCAUGCCAUCACCGUAGUGCAUAGCCUGGAAUCGGUUGAUGCCAGCUAUCUGGAUGACCUGCAUCGCGGGCUGAUGGGCAACAGCAGCAAUCACUUUUAUUUGGUGCCACAGAUGACGGCCACCGAUAGCAAUUCCACGCAGGUGCGCUUCAGUCAGCUCCAGGAUGAGGAGACGCUGUACUUGGUGUUCGCCAGGGACUCCAGGGAUCCAGUGGUUCAGAUGCAGGCGCUCAGGGCCAGGGGAAGGCGCUACUCCAAGACGAUGUUCCUGCUCAAAAGGCAGGAGUCCAAGGUGGAGCUGGAAUACUUUUUUAACCUCCUAUGGAAACUGCAGUUCCGAUCCUCUUUGGUGGUGGUGGGCGCUAAAAAGUUCUACCAAAUGGAUCCCUAUCCCACUGUCCGAGUGAUACGCAUGCGGAAAAUAUCCUCCUACGAUCCGCAUCACCUCUUUCCGUAUCCCAAUCGAAGGAACUUCUUGGGAUACAGGAUACGCAUGCCCGUACAGCAUGAUGUGCCGAAUACCUUUUGGUACCAGAACCUGCGGACUAAGGUCUGGGAACUGGAGGGCUUGGGCGGGAUUUUGAUUAACCAGCUGAUGAAGCACCUGAAUGUGACCAUGGAUUUGUUUCCCUUUAAGGUGAAUGGUUCCUUAGUGAUGAACAUGACCGCUCUAACGGAAUUGAUUGUGCGUGACGAGGUGGAGCUGAGUCCACACUUGUACGAUACCCUGCAUCCGAACACCGAAGUCGACUACUCUUAUCCAUCGCAGGUGGCUCCGCGCUGCUUUAUGAUCCCCCUGGACAAUGAGAUUUCGAGGAGCCUGUAUGUGUUCCUGCCAUUCAGUCUCCCCCUCUGGCUGUGUCUGCUCGUCACGCUGCUCCUGGUGCAGUUCGUCUUUGUGCGUCGCCUGAUGCCGGAUUGUGGUCUCUGGGCCAUACUGGGAGUGCCAGGAGCUGGCACAGCCAGAUGUAGGAAAUGCAAAAUGGGCAGAAACACAUGCACCUUUCUCAUUCUCGUCGGGAUCUUUAUUCUUGUCCAGUCGUACAGUACCAAACUGUCCUCCUUUCUGACCGUAACCCUCACCCGGAGUCCGGCCAGCAGCCUGGAUCAGCUGUUCGGGCUGCCUUACAGCAUCCUGGUGUUGCCCUCGGAUGUGGAGCCCAUUGUGGGCUCCCUGGGGCAUGCGGAGCAGUUUGCCACCAAGUUCAGCUUCACAGAUCCCGAGGACUUUAACCAAAAGAGAAUCGCCAUGGCCCCGGAGUACAUCUACCCCAUCAGCAAUAUCCGUUGGCGUUUCUUUAAUCUGCAGCAGCGAUUCCUGCGAAAGAAACGCUUCUACUUCUCCAAGAUCUGCCAUGGCUCCUAUCCAUAUCAGUAUCAGCUCCGGGUGGACUCACAUGUCAAGGAUGCCCUCCAUCGCUUCCUGAUGCACGUCCAGCAGGGCGGACUGCAGGAUCUUUGGCUGGAGACAUGCUACCGCAAGGCCCGUCACAUGGGCUACCUGAAGGACUUUUCCACUCUGGCGGAGCUGGAGGAGAAGCUGCAGCUCCGACCGCUGGCCCUCAAUCUGCUGGCGCCCGCCUUCAGUCUGUUUCUGUGCGGACUGGUGGGCAGCGGAGUCGCCUUUCUGGUGGAAAUCCGCCAGAGCUUCGGGUGCAGAAAAAGGUCACCGCCCACUAACCGCAACCCCGGGGAUUAAUCCAGUAGCUCAUCCUAAUCACUAAAACCCUUGCCGAUAUAGAAACGAAUACUAAGUCUAAUCUAAUUUUACGUAUGAUUCACAUUAUUGCCCUACACAAAUGAAACAACCCACCAAUCGGAUCUAACCAACGAAUCGAAAUUUGCAACCCAUCAUAUACGUAACCCAUCGAAUCCUCCAUCCAUUGGUCGUUUAGU